AUGAAGCUUCUUGCUAGCGCUACAUUGGCCUCCGUGGCCGCUGCGGCCUCUUCAUCGGCCCCAGCAUCAGCACCCACCGGUGCAACCUACGCGUCGGGCUUUGACAUGACCCGAAGCUGGGCCAAUCUCAGCCCUUACAAAGAUGCAGACAGCUUUGGACUUCCCAAGGGGAUGCCCUCAGGAUGCGAGCUUUCCCAAGUGCACGUCUUGCACCGCCAUGCCGAGCGAUACCCCACAAACUACCCCCUGGAUGGCGAGGGUAUGCAGGACUUUGCGGCUAAGCUAACCAAUUACUCCAAGGCACACUCGGGGAAAGCCGUCGCUAGCGGUCCGCUUAAGUUCCUUAACAGCUGGAAGUAUGUUAUUGGCGAGGAUAUCCUCAUGGAGACUGGUGCAGCUACGGAGGCUACUUCUGGUGCCCACUUCUGGAUCAAGUACGGUCGUCUCUUGUACCGUCCCGAUCGUGAUAAUGUGGCCGCCUGGAAUGCAUCUCUGAAUGUUUACCCCAAUGGCACCGCCCGUCCUAAGCCGGUUUUCCGGACUACCUCUCAGUCUCGAAUUCUGGAGAGUGCUCGCUGGUGGCUUAGCGGUUUCUUUGGCAACAGCGGCGCCAACAGCUCCUAUGAGCAAUACGACCUGGUCAUUAUCCCCGAGGUCUACCCAUUCAACAACACUCUGGCUUCAUAUGAAUCCUGCCCCGGUGACAUGACCGAGGGCGACGACGAUGCGGAGGUUUUCAUUUCCCGCUACACCAAGGACGCACGCGCCCGACUUUCUUCUUACCUCCCCAAGGACUUCAACCUGACUGCAAUGGACGUGUUGGCCAUGCAGAACCUCUGUGCAUAUGAAGUCACCAGUCUCGGCGGCUCAUCCUUCUGCUCCCUCUUCACUGAGCAAGAAUGGAAGGAUUUUGCCUACAACGUCGAUGUCCAGUACUACGGCGACUACGCCUAUGGCUCCCCCACUGGUCGCGCCCAGGGAAUCGGCUAUGUCUUGGAGCUUGCCGCUCGUCUCCAGCAGAAGCUUAUCACCUCCAGCGAUACCAGCAUCAACUAUACUUACGACGAUAACACCGCACAGUUCCCCUUCGGACAACCCUUCUACAUGGAUAUGUCCCAUGACGACAUCAUCUUGUCCGUUAUCUCAGCUCUCGGCCUCGAGCACUUUAAUUACGGACCCGAUGGUCUGCCGGGCAACGUGGACCACGCACCUGCCAACCGUACUUUCUCUCUUUCCGAUAUGACCCCCUUCGGCGCUCGCUUCUUCUCCGAAAUCUGGACUUGUCCCGGUGACACCUCUUUCGACGACUUGGACCCUAUUCUGUAUGAGAACCCACAGCUUGAGUCUACUGCUCAUACUACAGAUUACAUUCGCUUUUUGUUGAACAACGCGCCUCUGCCGCUGAAUGGCCUUGUUGGCUGUGAGAAGGCUAAGAAUGGCUUCUGCCCCGUUGAGAAGUUCUUGAAGGCGGUGCCGACUAUGAAGAAGAAGGCUAUGUACCAGGAGGCUUGCUUUGGAAAUUACACUACUGGCAGCCAGGUUGGUGAUGGCGCCCCGGGCUCUUAG